CGCACGAUGAUAUGCCACACCCGCUACCCUCCAUCUCAAUGAGUCCCGCUCCUAGGCCCACGACUACAACCCCACCGCGUAGCUCCCGCCGCACCGUCACGCCGCCAAAUCCGGCAACACCACGUCUUCCCCUCUCGCCCCCGCGUAGCGCAGCGCCCUCCUCUCCACGCAAGUUCAAAUCAAAGACGCGCAACGCCCUCCUAUUCGUACGAAGCCUAUACAACGGGCGUCGGCAGCUGCAGUGCAUUCGGCGCUUUCGGCUCUCGCCAGACCAGUUCGCUUUGCUGCAGGAUGCUAUCUUUGGUGACCUGCGCCUCGGCAACUGGGCGAGGGACAAGCUUCGCUGGUCAUACAACUCAUACACGGAGGAUCUUGUGUUUCGAAUGGCGAGCCCACUCCACGAAGCAUUCGUGGAAGGGUUGAGAGCGCUGCUGCAGCGGAAGAUAGCCGAUUUGCGCCAGGACAAUGCCACAUCCGACGGGGCACGGAAGUCGCUGGACGCCAUCAGCUCUGGCGGCAGUCCUGUCAUAGGUCUCGGCAUGCAGGACACUAUCAUUCAAAGGGCACCCGACAUCUCCUUUUUGCACCAGGGCGCCCGCGGCGGCCGCCCUCCAUUCGUGUCGGAGAUAGCGGUUUCGCAGGACGGCAAGGCUGCAUUCCCAGCAAUUGCCGAGCAGUACCUGCUCGCCACGAGAGGCAAGAUCCGGACUUUUCUGGGAGUGGACAUUGAAUACCGCGAUACGCAAGCCCGCUGGGAUACGAGCCUGCCGCCGCGCUGGGCGACGUACUACGUAUGUCGCUUCGAGACUCAGAGAGGCGCCGAUGCGAACGGUGAUCCCGUCGACAUUGGCGUGGCUGUUGCUAGUCAUGAGGGGACCAAGUUUCACGACAAGACGGGCGUCGUCUCUGCCUCCUCGACCAUAUCCUUCUCUCUGUGCGACUUCUGCCCCAGACGGAGAAGUGACGCAACGGCAACGCACCCCACCAUCGAUAUCACCCACCAGGAACUUGCCGAUGUGCUCGCCUCAGCUGAGGCUGCUCAGAGGGCCCGCGAUACUCUUCCCGCCGCUGCUACCGCCCAUACCGAUGCCGACGAUGAUUUGCCGAGCCCUGCCGCUGUCCAGUACAGGUUCACCAAGCGUGCCGCCUCGAAGGAGCUUGACGAGGAUACCGAAGAGGACACGACGGUCGCGGAUGACGAGUUCAGUUCGUUCGAGGCGAAUCCCCAGGUCAAGAAGCCUGCACUUGAGCCUAGAGAGAGCCUUCCGCGGAGAGUGAAAAAGAAAACCUCGCAACGCCGAGGACGACUUAUAGACUGAGGACAUGGUCGAAGUUCGGCGUUGGGAUGCUUGGAGGAGGGAACCACCUGACGCUCUUCACAUUCGGCUCCGGGCUCGACAUCUGCCGGUACUUCACUCUCCAGUAAGGGAGUGGAGGAAUAAUUCCCUUAGAUGGGCCUCAUCUCGAAGCACUUAUCUGUUACCUAUUGGCGCAAUAGCUUCAGUUGCUGUAGGGUUCCUAGGCCGGCGCUCUGCAGGACACGGAAUGCCUCCGAAGCACCGGCAUGCUCAGAUCGCACCGCACUGGAUAGUAAUGGCUCGACUAUUCCGAUCUAAGCCGGAUCGUCACCACAAGCCAUCUACCAUCCGCUCCUCGACGAUUCCUUGCCAGUCAAAGCUCAAAGCUGGAGACGCUCGUUAUCUAG